AUGCGGUCCUAUGUGGCGGGCACCGCUUGCGCAGGCGACUAUGAAAUGCAGUAUUUUCUCUUUGACCAGUGUCUACGUGGUGCUCUAUUUGUUUGUGAUGAAUCACAAAUCAUUGUCCAGCAAUUUCGGACUCAAGACUGCACUGGAGCCGCUGAGACAGUGUUGACCUCUCCUACCAGCGAGUGCCAGCUUGACAGGUUCAACAUAGCGCGUCUCAUCGAAGCACCUUCCUGCGGAUCUACUUCCAGUGCUGAGCAGCUGCAUGUGCCCUUGCUACUGAUGCUGGCAACUUUUGCGUCGAUGAAAAUUGUCUCAGAGUCUUUAGAUUUUAGAUUAGCUGUGAAAUUUCACCAGGCCUAA